AUGGGCACGAUAAGCCACCCCGCUAGGGGCAAUGAUCCCACUGCGGGAUUCUUUAACAAGUUCGCCUUCGGAUGGAUGUUCAAGCAUGUGUCCGAAGCUCGCAAGAAUGGCGACAUCGACUUGGACAAGAUGGGCAUGCCGCCUGAGAAUCAUGCCCAUGAGGCUUAUGAUAUGUUCGCAUCUAACUGGGCGGCUGAGAUGAAGCUCAAGGACUCGGGCGCGAAGCCUUCACUUGUUCGCGCCCUGCGCAAGUCCUUCGGCUUGGUCUAUCUUCUUGGUGGUGUCUUCAAGUGCUUCUGGUCUACUUUCGUCAUCACUGGCGCCUUCUACUUCGUGCGCAGUCUGCUUGCUCACGUCAACGGCAUCAAGGACGGUCGCCUGUACUCCAAGACUGUAUCUGGCUGGUGCUUGAUGGCGGGAUUCACCCUCGAUGCCUGGCUUCUUGGUCUCAGUCUUCAGCGCAUGGGCUACAUCUGUAUGUCUGUCGGUAUCCGCGCUCGCGCAGCUCUGGUUCAAGCUGUGACCCACAAGGCCUUUCGUCUCAGUUCUGUCCGAGCUGACCAGUCCGCCGCCAUCGUAAACUUCGUCUCCUCCGAUAUUCAGAAAAUCUACGAUGGCGCGUUGGAGUUUCACUACCUGUGGACUGCUCCCUUCGAGGCUGCUGCUAUUCUGGCACUGCUGGGCUACCUUACCAACGAUUCCAUGCUGCCUGGUCUGGGCGUCAUCCUGCUGGUCCUGCCGCUGCAGUACUUCUUUGGCUACAAGAUUAUCCAGAUUAAGUUGCAGAAUGCCAAGCACGUUGCUCUGCGCAGCUCCAUCCUGCAGGAGGUGCUGCCUGCUAUUAAGCUGGUCAAGUACUACGCAUGGGAGCAGUUCUUCGAGGAUGAGAUUUCUAAGAUCCGCCGCGAGGAGAUGCGUCUGUCCUUCUGGAACGCGAUGAUGAAGGUCAUCAACGUGGCUUGCGUGUUCUGCGUGCCUCCCAUGACCGCGUUCGUCAUCUUCACCACCUAUGAGUUCCAGAAGGCUCGUCUGGUGUCUGGCGUGGCCUUCACCACCCUGUCGCUGUUCAACAUUCUGCGUUUCCCCCUUGUGGUGCUGCCGAAGGCUCUGCGCGCCGUGUCUGAGGCUCAUGCUUCCCUGCAGCGCCUGGAGUCUUACCUGCUUGAGGAUGUGCCACAGGGCACCGCUUCGGGCGGCAAGAGCAGCAAGUCCUCCGCGCCUGGCGUCCACAUCGACAACGCCGUCUACCACCACCCCAGUAACCCCAACUGGCACCUCCACGUUCCCCGUUUCGACGUGCGCCCCGGCCAAGUGGUCGCUGUGGUGGGCCGUAUUGGAGCUGGCAAGUCGUCCUUGGUGCAGGCCAUCCUCGGCAACAUGGUCAAGGAGCACGGCUCGCAGCAAGUGGGAGGCCGCAUCUCCUACGUGCCUCAGAACCCUUGGCUGCAGAACUUGUCCAUCCGCGACAACGUCACUUUCGGCGAGGGUUGGGACGAGAACAAGUACGAAGCUGUGAUCGACGCUUGCGCGCUGACCAUGGACUUGCAGAUUCUUCCUCAGGGGGACCAGAGCAAGGCUGGUAUUCGCGGUGUCAACUUCUCGGGAGGCCAGCGUCAGCGCGUUAACCUCGCUCGUUGCGCGUAUGCGGACGCUGAUCUGGUCCUGUUGGAUAACGCCCUGUCGGCCGUUGACCACCACACUGCUCACCACAUCUUCGACAAGUGCAUCAAGGGCCUCUUCUCGGACAAGGCCGUCGUUCUGAUCACCCAUCAAAUUGAGUUCAUGCCGCGCUGCGAUGCCGUCGCUAUUAUGGACGAGGGUCGCUGCCUCUACUUCGGUAAAUGGAAUGAGGAGUCGCAGCACCUGCUGGGUAAGCUCCUGCCCAUCACGCACCUUCUGCACGCCGCUGGCUCCCAGGAGGCUCCUCCCGCCGCCCCAAAGAAGAAGGACGACAAGGCCACCCCGCAGAAGUCGCAGUCGCUGCAGCUGACCCUGGCUCCCACCUCCAUCGGCAAGCCCACUCAGAAGGACACCAAGGCGGCGCCCAAGCUCACCGCUUUCAAGGCCGCCCUCAUCUACACGUACUACGGAAAUAUCCUCCUGGUGUUCGUGUGCUUCAUUACCUUCCUGGCUGCUCAGACCUGUCGCCAGAUGUCCGAUUUCUGGGUUCGUUGGUGGGUGAACGAUGAGUACAAGCACUUCCCCAAGCGCACCGGCGUGCGCGAGGAGAGCGCUACCAAGUUCUAUGCGCUGAUCUAUCUGCUGCUCGUGGGUCUCUUCUACUUCACUAUGGUUGCUCGUGGCUCCACCUUCCUGUGGUGGGUUCUGCGCUCCUCCGAGAACAUUCGGAAGAAGGCUCUCAACAACGUGCUCAACGCUCCGAUGGGCUUCUUCCUCGUCACCCCCGUCGGUGACCUGCUGCUGAACUUCACCAAGGAUCAGGAUAUCAUGGAUGAGAAUCUUCCAGAUGCGAUCCACUUCAUGGGCAUCUACGGUCUGAUUCUGUUGGCCACCACCAUCACCGUCUCCGUCACCAUCAACUUCUUUGGCGCUUUCACUGGCUUCCUCAUCAUCAUGACGUUGAUUAUGUUGGCCAUCUACCUGCCAGCCGCCACCGCCCUCAAGAAGGCUCGUGCCGUUAGCGGCGGUCAGCUUGUGGGUCUGGUUGCUGAGGUGCUGGAGGGACUCAACGUCGUACAGGCCUUCUCCAAGCAGGAGUACUUCAUCGAGGAAGCUGCUCGCCGUACUGACGUGACCAAUGCCGCUGUGUUUAACGCCGAGUCUCUCAACCUGUGGCUGGCCUUCUGGUGCGAUCUCAUCGGUGCUUCCCUUGUGGGCGUCGUGAGCGCCUUCGCCGUGGGCCUCAAGGAUCAACUUGGUGCCGCUACCGUCGGUCUCGCCUUCUCUAACAUCAUUCAGAUGUUGGUCUUCUACACUUGGGUGGUUCGUUUCAUCGCUGAGUCGAUCUCGCUGUUCAACAGUGUUGAGGCGAUGGCUUGGCUGGCUGACUACGUGCCGAAGGAUGGCAUUUUCUACGACCAGAAGCAGCUCGAUGGUGUCGCCAAGAGCAUCACCUUGCCUGAUGGCCAGAUUGUUCCCGCGACCAGCAAGGUCCAGGUUGUCGUGGAUGAUGCCGCGCUCGCUCGCUGGCCAGCUACCGGCAACAUCCGCUUCGAGGAUGUCUGGAUGCAGUACCGCCUGGAUGCCGCCUGGGCCCUCAAGGGCGUCACCUUCAAGAUCAACGACGGCGAGAAGGUCGGCGCUGUGGGCCGCACCGGCUCUGGCAAGUCUACCACCCUGCUGGCGCUGUACCGCAUGUUCGAACUGGGCAAGGGCCGCAUUCUCAUCGACGGUGUUGACAUUGCCACCCUCAGCCUCAAGCGCCUGCGCACCGGCCUUUCUAUCAUUCCCCAGGAGCCGGUCAUGUUCACGGGCACCGUCCGCUCCAACCUGGACCCCUUCGGCGAGUUCAAGGACGACUCUGUCCUCUGGGAGGUUCUGCAGAAGGUGGGUCUUGAGGCCCAGGCUCAGCACGCCGGUGGUCUGGAUGGUCGCGUCGAUGGCACCGGUGGCAAGGCCUGGUCCCUGGGUCAGAUGCAGCUUGUGUGCCUGGCGCGUGCGGCUCUGCGUGCGGUGCCGAUCCUGUGCCUGGACGAGGCUACGGCAGCCAUGGACCCGCACACGGAGCAAGUGGUGCAGGAGACCAUCAAGAAGGUGUUCGACGACCGUACAACCAUCACCAUUGCGCAUCGCUUGGACACCAUUAUCGAAUCCGACAAGGUGCUGGUUAUGGAGGCCGGUGAGUUGAAGGAGUUCGCACCGCCGGCGCAGCUGCUGGCUAACCGGGAGACCAUGUUCUCCAAGCUCGUGGACAAGACGGGCCCUGCAGCGGCGGCUGCGCUGCGCAAGAUGGCCGAUGAGCACUUCUCCAAGUCGCAAGCGCGCGCGGCGGCCCAACGCCACUGAGCGACUUCCUACUGCAUUUGAAGAGGUGUGACAUGCGACGGCAGAUGCGCGAUCUUGCCUGGCAUUGAGGGAGAGAAGGAAGAUUCUGGCUAUGUACGGGCUGAGCGAGAGCCACUUUUUGCACUUCGUGGCUCUGUAUUGCAUUAACCGCGCUCGGAUGUUGCUCUCGGAGUUGAAAGAUGACUGGUAGAUUGGCCUCUUGAUAGGUACUUGUGUGCUGCUUUAACAACCAGGUUUGGGCAGAAUUACAAGGCGUUGGUAGUCGUCGGGCAGAUGUCCAUACAACAUGCUGCGUCUGCCGUGGUUGGUGUGAUAGGUUCUUGCUUGAUAUGAUGCACAUGGUUGCGUUCGUUCUUGCUGUGUGCAUGGUAACUGUAUAUCUAUUUGCAGCCUCCCGCUGCGGCGCCGUGUUUGUUUCGGAUUUCCUGGUUUUCCUCGGGAACCCAGGAUAGUUGUCCAGCGAGGUGGGGAUUGAAGAGAGGGAAAAUGAUAGGGGCUUAGAGAGGGGACAGUUCUUAAUUUCGAGAGAUUUAAUCUUUAAAUAAUUUUCUGUUGUGUUCUCGGUUUCGUGUGUGUACUGCGUGGCUUCGCCGCUUUCGACGGCUUCUGGCAAGAGGCUGUGUAGGCUCGCACACGCGUGCUGGAAUGAAAAAUUGCCUUUCAGUUCGGUUUUUGUUCGUGAUUGCGUGAAGCAGGAAGUUCUUGAUAUUGCUUAUGCUUAAGCAAAGGAAGUUCGGGCAACAUCUGUUCUUCCUCGCCAGGCACACGCAAGUGUUACGUAUGUAUGUAUGUAUCGAUCGUAUUAGUGUUAGUGAGCUUGUUGUCGAGGUCCGAAGAAACUGAGUUCGCCGCGAAUGUCGCGUGCUUCCUAUGGCGUGGGCGAGCAUUUUCAGCGAUGUUCGACAUGUAUCUUCGUUUUUGCCGCUGUUCGGGAUCUGACCUUUUUUGGCCGGUUUUGAAGUUACUUACAGAACCAGUUAUGGCCAGACGCCCGACAGUUUUUCAUGCUUAUCGGUCAUUCACUCUUAUUAGUAUUGGUGUGUUUCGGUCAUGGAACGGCCGUACUUGUAAUGCCCCUGAAUAAUG